CCCUGGAAGGAAGCGUGAUUUUUCACCAGUGCUUUGGAGCCAGUACUUUGAAUCUAUGGAGGAUGUUGUGGUAGAAAAUGAAACUGGCAAGGAUACUUUUCGAAUUUACAAAAGCGGAUUGGAGGGUCCUGUCUUACUGCUGUUACACGGUGGAGGCCAUUCCGCUCUUUCCUGGGCUGUAUUUACUUCUGCAAUCGUUAACAGGAUUCAGUGUAGGAUUGUGGCUUUAGAUCUCCGAGGCCAUGGAGAAACAAAAGUUAGGAAUGCUGAAGAUCUGUCUGCAGAGACUAUGUCAAAAGACGUUGGAAACGUGGUUGAAGCUCUGUAUGGGGAUCUUCCUCCCCCUAUCAUGCUGAUUGGGCACAGCAUGGGAGGUGCCAUCGCAGUGCACACGGCGGUCGCAAAUUUGGUGCCAAGUUUACUGGGUCUGUGCAUGAUCGAUGUUGUGGAAGGUACAGCCAUGGAUGCGUUGAACAGCAUGCAGAACUUCUUAAGGAGUCGUCCCAAAACAUUCAAGUCACUUGAGAAUGCCAUUGAGUGGAGUGUAAAAAGUGGACAAAUAAGAAAUCUUGAAUCUGCCAGAGUUUCUAUGGUCGGUCAAGUCAAACAGUGUGAAGGGGCUGCCAGUCCUGAAUGUCCUAAAGCCAUAGUGGAGGGUAUUAUUGAAGAAGAGGAGGAGGAGGAAGAAGAUGAGGAAGGGGGAGGCUCUGUCAACAAAAGGAAGAAAGAAGAUGACACAGAGACAAAGAAGGAGCACUUAUACACGUGGCGAAUUGAACUGGCGAAAACAGAAAAGUACUGGGAUGGGUGGUUCAGGGGUUUAUCUAACCUCUUCCUAAGCUGUCCAACUCCAAAGCUUUUGCUUUUAGCUGGUGUUGACAGGCUGGAUAAAGAUCUAACAAUUGGACAGAUGCAAGGGAAGUUUCAGAUGCAGGUCCUCCCACAGUGCGGACAUGCAGUCCAUGAAGAUGCUCCAGACAAGGUUGCUGAAGCUGUUGCGACGUUCCUGAUCCGUCACAGGUUUACAGAGCCCAUCGGUGGAUUCCAGUGUGUGUUUCCUGCUUGUUAAUACCCUGGUGUCCUCCAGCACUGAGUCCUGUUGUAAAUAAACUGCACCAGAGGCCACUGUGAUGUAUCCGUAUCCUUUCAUCUCUCCAGUUCAGCAGCAGUGAGAAGUUGGUAUGAGAUUCAUCCCCUAGAACUCGUUCUCCAGAAUGUGUAAAUGCUUAGGGACUUCCUUGCGGGGAAGCAGCUUGUACUGAAGACCAUGUGCUCUUCAAGCCCUUGAAAAGCUCUUCAGGCCCUUGAAAGUGGGCUCCUCUCUGCUGCCACAAGUAAAGACCUCCUGAAAUCCCAAGUAGUUGAUCAUACUGAUCUCCAUCAAUUCUCAGGCUUUCUUGGACCCAAUGGCAAAGGGGCUGUUGGCAGUCCAGAUCCACUGAGGGCAUUGCAGCAUAGCCAAAGGCUUCAGGAUUUCUCCAUGGAAUCAUCUAAUCGUCUUUGAAGUGCCCCUUAGUUUUGUUUUUUAUAUACAUAUUUCUUUCCCCUAAAGCAGAUGAGGAAUCGACUUC